AUGAUGAACUACAUCUCUCUUGCAGCUAUUGCUCUACUGGCUGCUACGAACGCCCAUGCACAUAAAGAAGUCACCAUUAACAGCGAAAGUAGUGUGAGCAUUGCUUCGGAAUCGGUUGUUGGUCGUCAUCUCUUGAGUCAUGCACGAAAACUUGAUGAUGCAGGUUACUACAGCAACAACUUCUAUGAAGAAGUCGACAAAAGUUUCAUGGUGAACUACAGCCUCAAGUUCCAAGGCUGUCAUCACGUCCAACAAUGGAACCCCAACUCGGAAGAGGAUGAAGAUGCCGUUCGAAUCAUGACCAAGCGUCUUGUUCGAUUCCGCCUAUGCCCAUCAGAUUCUUGUAGCAGCGAGCACUCGCAGGGAUGCAACUCUGGAUAUGGCGAUUAUGUUGUAGAAAUGGACACUUUCCUACUAGCUUACAUUGAAGCUGCGAAGAACAGUGAAAACUACGACCGCAAGCUUCGUGAGCUCGAGGACGGUGGAUUCAACUUGGAAAAUUACUCACAAUGCGGCUACUACCAAGAUAAUUACUACAUUGGACCAUACUGUGCCGCCCAAGGUGGAGAAAUCAAGUUGGGAAUUUUCACGGACGAUACAUGCUCUUCUUUCACAAGCAAUGAUUACUACUACUACAUGACAGGAACUUCUCUCCCAUUCUCUUCCAAGUCUUUGGUAACAAAUUCCUGCAUCAGCUGUAACGCGAACGCCAAUAGCGACGGAUACCAAGAUUAUGCAAACUACGCUAGUGGCGGAGACUCGCAGACAAGUUAUUUCUGCGGGUACAUUUACGAUAGUUCUGGUAAAUGCGAAACCAAAAUGUCGGAUGUCAGCUACCCCAAUGAAGGAGCUUGCUCGUACAUUGAAGGUGUCAAAAUCAUCAGAGAAGAUGGAGUGAUUCGAACAUCUGCAAACCGUAAAUCAAAGAUUGCUGCAGUCUUCAUUGGACUAUUCCUUACGAUUGCAGUCCUUCUAGCAGGGUACGUAUACUACCUUCGAACGAAACUGACUCGGGCACGAGUCAACCUUAACGCUGCCACUCAAGGUCAGCUAUCGUAG